UUGAUGUUAAAUGGCAGUUCCCAAAGUAAUGAUCUGAUAAAAUAGUCAUAAACUCAUUAAACACAAAUACACUGGUUAUUUAGUAUAAAGAUUCAACAAACUACGCUCACUACGAUCAGAAUAUCUGAAGUGAUAACAUCUCGAACAACAUUUAGGAAUGGCUGCUUAUCAUUGGGUAGACGCCCAUGCCCAUGCUGGUAUCCCAUCCACCACCAUCCAUGGCGGUUACGAUAUCGAUGGAGCACAAAUCUUCGUCGGCAGGGCCUUCCACGAGGGCGACUGGUUACCAGCCAAAGUGAUCCCUAGUAAGAAUGUAGCGUACGUGGCCUAUGGAGGAGAGGAGCAUGGCAAGAGCCAAUUCCAAGUUCUAUGUGAGCAGCGAUUUGAUUGGGUGCCAUCCAGCAAUGGCAACAUUCCUUACGGAGCUGUAGAAGGAGGAAGAACUUCUGAUGGAGAACCACUUUACAUUGGUCGAGUUCAUCACAUGGGGUCACAUACUGUUGGAAAGAUACAUCCCAGUCAUAGAACAUGCUACAUUCCAUUCGAUGGGAAAGAAAUUGGAUACCCACACUACGAGAUAUUGGUACUCAGAUCUUGAAUAAGAUGGGAGGUGCUGAACAGUGAUUAUUCUUCUGAUUUGAAAUAUUGUACUUACCAUGUUAGUCUUCUGGGAUAAAUAAAAUUGGAUACCCAGAUGAAACAUGACCAU